UCUGCUCCGAUCCACCCUCCCUCUGCUGGAGCCUAGGGAUCCAGCAUUCGAACAUUCACUCCAUUUUAUUUUCUGGUGGAGCCAAUGGAUACACUCUCAACUAGAGGCUCUUCUGUUGUAUUAAAUUGUUCAGCAUAUUCUCAGCCUUCUCCAAAAAUUGAAUGGAAAAAAGAUGGAACAUUUUUAAAUUUAGUAUCAGAUGAUCGACGCCAGCUUCUCCCAGAUGGGUCUUUAUUUAUCAGCAAUGUGGUGCAUUCCAAACACAAUAAACCUGAUGAAGGUUAUUAUCAGUGUGUGGCCACUGUUGAGAGUCUUGGAACUAUUGUCAGCAGAACAGCCAAGCUCACAGUAGCAGGUCUUCCAAGAUUUGCCAGUCAACCAGAACAUUCUUCAGUUUAUGCUGGGGACAGUGCAAUUCUGAAUUGUGAAGUUAAUGCAGAUUUGGUCCCAUUUGUGAGAUGGGAACAGAACAGGCAGCCUCUUCUUCUGGAUGAUAGAGUCCUCAAACUUCCAAGUGGGACACUGGUUAUCAGCAACACAACUGAAGGAGAUGGGGGACUUUAUCGCUGCAUAGUUGAAAGUGGCGGGCCACCAAAGUACAGUGAUGAAGCUGAAUUAAAAGUUCUUCCAGGUUCCAAGGUCACAUCAAACUUGGUAUUUUUGAAACAACCUUCUUCCCUAGUCAGAGUCAUUGGUCAGAGUGCAGUAUUGCCAUGUGUUGCUUCGGGACUUCCUCUUCCAACUAUUAGAUGGAUGAAAAAUGAGGAGGCACUUGACACAGAAAGCUCUGAAAGAUUGGUAUUGCUGGCAGGUGGUAGCCUGGAGAUCAGUGAUAUCACUGAGGACGAUGCUGGGACUUAUUUUUGUGUAGCUGAUAAUGGAAAUGAAACAAUUGAAGCUCAAGCAGAGCUUACAGUACAAGCCCAACCUGAAUUCCUGAAGCAGCCUACUAAUAUAUAUGCUCAUGAAUCUAUGGAUAUUGUAUUUGAAUGUGAAGUGACUGGGAAACCAACUCCAACUGUGAAGUGGGUCAAGAAUGGGGAUAUGGUUAUCCCAAGUGAUUACUUUAAGAUUGUAAAGGAACAUAAUCUUCAAGUUUUGGGUCUGGUGAAGUCAGACGAAGGGUUCUAUCAAUGCAUUGCUGAGAAUGAUGUUGGAAAUGCACAAGCUGGAGCCCAACUGAUAAUCCUUGAACAUGAUGUUGCCAUCCCAACAUUGCCUCCCACUUCACUGACCAGUGCCACUACUGACCAUCUAGCACCAGCUACAUCGGGACCACUGCCUUCAGCACCUCGGGAUGUCGUGGCCUCUCUGGUCUCUACCCGCUUCAUCAAAUUGACAUGGCGGACACCUGCAUCAGAUCCUCAUGGAGACAAUCUUACCUACUCUGUCUUCUAUACCAAGGAGGGGAUUACUAGGGAACGUGUUGAGAAUACCAGUCACCCAGGAGAAAUGCAGGUAACCAUUCAAAAUCUAAUGCCAGCGACUGUGUACAUCUUUAGAGUGAUGGCUCAUAAUAAGCAUGGCUUUGGAGAGAGUUCAGCUCCUCUUCGAGUAGAAACACAGCCUGAGGUUCAGCUCCCUGGCCCAGCACCUAAUAUCCGAGCGUAUGCAACUUCCCCUACUUCCAUCACUGUCACCUGGGAAACACCAUUGUCUGGCAAUGGGGAAAUUCAGAAUUACAAAUUGUACUACAUGGAAAAAGGGACUGACAAAGAACAGGAUGUUGAUGUUUCAAGUCACUCCCAUACCAUUAAUGGGUUGAAAAAAUAUACAGAGUAUAGUUUCCGAGUGGUGGCCUACAAUAAACAUGGUCCUGGAGUCUCCACACAAGAUGUUGCUGUUCAAACAUUGUCAGAUGUUCCCAGUGCUGCUCCUCAGAAUCUGUCCUUAGAAGUAAGAAAUUCAAAGAGUAUUAUGAUUCACUGGCAGCCACCUCCUCUAGCCACACAAAAUGGGCAGAUUACUGGCUACAAGAUUCGCUACAGAAAGGCUUCCCGAAAGAGUGAUGUCACUGAGACGUUGGUGCCUGGGACCCAGCUGUCUCAGCUGAUUGAAGGUCUGGAUCGGGGGACUGAAUAUAAUUUUCGAGUGGCUGCUCUAACAGUAAAUGGCACAGGCCCGGCUACUGACUGGCUGUCUGCUGAAACUUUUGAAAGUGACUUAGAUGAAACUCGUGUUCCUGAAGUACCUAGUUCUCUUCAUGUCCGCCCACUUGUCACUAGCAUCGUAGUAAGCUGGACUCCUCCAGAGAACCAGAACAUUGUGGUCAGAGGUUAUGCCAUUGGUUAUGGCAUUGGCAGCCCGCACGCCCAGACCAUCAAAGUGGACUAUAAACAGCGCUAUUACACCAUCGAAAAUCUGGAUCCCAGCUCUCAUUAUGUGAUUACCUUGAAAGCAUUUAACAAUGUGGGUGAAGGCAUCCCUCUAUAUGAGAGUGCUGUGACCAGACCUCAUACAGACACUUCUGAGGUUGAUUUAUUUGUUAUUAAUGCUCCAUACACUCCAGUGCCAGAUCCCACUCCCAUGAUGCCACCAGUGGGAGUCCAGGCUUCCAUUCUGAGUCAUGAUACCAUAAGGAUUACGUGGGCGGACAAUUCACUGCCCAAACACCAGAAGAUUACAGACUCUCGGUACUACACAGUCCGAUGGAAAACCAACAUCCCAGCAAACACCAAGUAUAAGAAUGCAAAUGCAACGACUUUGAGUUACUUGGUGACUGGUUUAAAAGCAAAUACACUCUAUGAAUUCUCUGUGAUGGUGACCAAAGGUCGAAGAUCAAGCACAUGGAGUAUGACAGCCCAUGGGACUACCUUUGAAUUAGUUCCUACUUCUCCACCCAAGGAUGUGACAGUUGUAAGUAAAGAGGGAAAACCUAGGACCAUAAUUGUAAAUUGGCAACCUCCCUCUGAAGCCAAUGGCAAAAUUACAGGUUACAUCAUAUAUUACAGCACAGAUGUGAAUGCAGAGAUACACGAUUGGGUUAUUGAGCCUGUUGUGGGCAACAGGUUGACUCACCAAAUACAAGAGCUAACACUUGACACGCCAUACUACUUCAAAAUCCAGGCUCGGAACUCAAAGGGCAUGGGGCCCAUGUCUGAUGCUGUCCAGUUCAGAACACCUAAAGCGGACUCCUCUGAUAAAAUGCCUAAUGACCAAGCCUCAGGGUCUGCAGGAAAAGGAAGCCGGCUGCCAGACCUAGGAUCUGACUACAAAACUCCCAUGAGCGGCAGUAACAGCCCCCAUGGAAGCCCCACCUCUCCUCUGGACAGUAAUAUGCUCCUGGUCGUCAUCAUCUCUGUUGGGGUCAUUACCAUCGUGGUGGUUGUGAUCAUUGCUAUCUUUUGCACCAGGCGCACCACCUCUCACCAGAAAAAGAAACGAGCUGCUUGUAAGUCAGUGAACGGCUCCCACAAGUACAAAGGGAACGCCAAAGAUGUCAAACCCCCAGACCUCUGGAUCCAUCAUGAGAGACUGGAGCUGAAACCAAUUGAUAAGUCUCCAGACCCGAACCCCAUCAUGACCGAUACUCCAAUUCCUCGUAACUCUCAAGAUAUCACACCAGUUGACAAUUCCAUGGACAGCAACAUCCAUCAAAGGCGGAAUUCGUACAGAGGGCAUGAAUCUGAGGACAGCAUGUCUACACUGGCUGGAAGGCGAGGAAUGAGACCAAAAAUGAUGAUGCCCUUUGACUCCCAGCCACCCCAGCCUAUGAUUAGUGCCCAUCCCAUCCAUUCCCUCGAUAACCCUCACCAUCAUUUCCACUCCAGCAGCCUCGCUUCUCCAGCUCGCAGUCAUCUCUACCACCCAAGCAGCCCAUGGCCCAUUGGCACAUCCAUGUCCCUUUCAGACAGGGCCAGUUCCACAGAAUCCAUUCGAAAUACCCCCAGCACUGACACCAUGCCAGCCUCCUCGUCUCAGACAUGCUGUACUGAUCACCAGGAUCCUGAAGGUGCUACAAGCUCCUCUUACUUGGCUAGCUCCCAAGAGGAAGAUUCAGGCCAAAGUCUUCCUACCGCCCACGUUCGCCCUUCCCACCCAUUGAAGAGCUUUGCUGUGCCAGCCAUCCCACCCCCGGGUCCACCCACCUAUGAUCCCGCGCUGCCAAGCACACCAUUACUGUCCCAACAAGCUCUGAACCAUCACAUUCACUCGAUGAAGACGGCCUCCAUUGGGACCUUAGGAAGGAGCAGGCCUCCUAUGCCCGUGGUGGUUCCCAGUGCCCCUGAAGUGCAGGAGACCACAAGGAUGCUGGAAGACUCCGAAAGUAGCUAUGAACCAGAUGAGCUGACCAAAGAGAUGGCCCACCUGGAAGGACUAAUGAAGGACCUUAACGCCAUCACGACAGCAUGACGUCCUUCACCAGGAUAUGACUCCAGAACUGAGUCUAGAAGUCUUGGGACUCAGCUUAGAAACAAGGAAUUAUACAGAGGAUGAGAGACAGCACUUAAGAACACAGCGUGAACACACAGACAAGCUUGUGCCUCGUGGGGCUGCUUCUGGUCGGCCCGGAAGAAGCCCAUGUCGAGGCAGCUUCCCUUUACCUGCUGGCACACUGCAGGACCGGGCACCAUGGGCCAAAGUUUUAUAUCUAGGGAAGAGGCAAGAAACACAGCCGCCCUUUCACUUUGUGGUCAGGCUGUGUCUUCGUGCUAUGACUGCAUCGCCUUUACAGAGUGUAGACAUUGGCAUUUAUGUACAGUUUUAUUUGCGUCCUAUUUUACCUUCAGAAGAAAAACACUAUCAAACCAAGGAAGUCGUGGUGUUCUCCACAAGUGGUUGACAUUUAACUUGUCUGAAUUAUGUAUGGAAAGUCAUCAGCAGCGUGGGUUGUUCCAGGGGUUGACUUGUUUUUUUGUUUUUUAUUUUUUAAUUAUGAGUCAUUGCAUCCUCUACCAGCUGUUAACCCAUCACUUUGAGGGGGGAGGAAAUGUUGCAUUGCUGUUUGUAAGCUUUUUUAUUAUUUUUUUAAUUAUAAUUAUUAAAGGCCUGACUUUCUCCUCUCAUCACUGUGAGAUUACAGAUCUAUUUGAAUGAUAUGUAACAUUGAAAGAACUUGUUUGUUGCUUCUGUGCAGUUUCAGUAUUGGGGUGGCGGGGGGGGGAGUAGGAAGUGGAGGGACUGCUGAGUUCCUGUGAGUGUUUCUAUUGUACUUUCUUCAAGAAGCCUGCGGAGAAUGGAAGCAUCUAUAUUAUUGUCCUUUCCUGGCGUGUCCAUCUCUAUUGUCACUAAAUUGCAACUGGAGUUUCAUGUGGACCUAGUUAAAAAAUUCUUCUGUGCAAUAGGUGGGUUCGAGGACUUAGCUGCCCUGUGUCUUGGUCAGAUCCUGAUGAGAGUGCCAUGCCGAGCAGUCAGGUACUGUACUCCCACUUGCCAGGGGUGUUGUAGACAGGGCAGCCCCGCUCCUGGGUGGUCAGAGAACAGGGUGAGCCUUUUUCCUGCUUUUGUCAUCUGUUCCCACUGGGAAAGUCGAGGGUUAAGGAAGGAACUUUGUUUCCACUUAAGACUCCUUGCUUCUCUCCAGUUCCUGUCCUUAGCCAGCCCAGCUCUCCCUUCCAUGUUGCAGGGGCUGCUUUACCCCUGAGGCUCCCACUUCUUUCUGAACAUGGUUCUUCAAGUAGCAGCAGACAGGGACAGUGGUGAGGGGCACAGGAGGCAGCUGCCCCUCCUCCAUCCAGCAGCUCAGCUAAGCCCCUGGUUAGAAUGGGCGGCAGGAGGUUUCUGAGGUACACUGCAUGGCCUGGCCACACACAGAAGCCUUUGCCUUUGCAAAUAAUUCUUAUUUUCUUUUUCUUAAAAGGGUAAGGAGCUGAGAUGUUGGUUUUUUUUAAUAUUAAGAAUACCUUAUGAAAAAAUAUAGGACAGCCCUUCAGGCAUUUUCCCCUAUUCCCCAGCAAAUCCCCAGAAGAGAAUGUGGAAGGCAGUAUAGAACAGCGGUCACCAACCGGUGGUCCGUGAGGUCCGAAAGGUUGGCGACCGCUGCUCUAGACGAUGAACUCUUUGUAUUUAUUAUUUUGGGGCAAUGAGAAGUGUAGUGCUGGAACUCCUGCUGCCGUGGCCCUGCUCACAGACGGUGCUACCAGGCAGGGUUCUGCGAAGCCAGUGCACUUAACUGACCCUGAAAAGAGCACUCCGGCACCAGGCGGCUGGUUCCCCAGGAACUGUCUCACCUUCGCCCAAAGAAACAUAUGCUCGGUGUUCAGGGCAUUUCCUCCCAUGAAUCUUAAGACCUGUUACCUCAGGACCUUGGUACCUGGACACUGCCACAGAGCUGGGGCGGGUGGGGACUAUUUUUAAAUAACUGCUCAAAGUUGGGGAUUUUUUAGAAUUAAGAAAAAGGAAAGCUAUUCUGAAUUGCACCUUUUCACAAUUUAAUACAUUUUCUUACAUUUUCUGUGGUUUUUUAAACGAAGCCAUUGUAUGUGUUAUAAUGUCCUAGGUGAGCAGCUGCUCAGCAGCUUCCUUCAGGAGCAUCUGGAACAGAUGUGUCUGCACCUUGUUGCCUGCGGGGGCUCUCAAGGGCUGCUGGGACUACUUUGCUGUACACACUUGUUUGGCCUUUUCUGUAGUUGAUGCUGUAAACUCUGGCUUUUUAAAAAACACAAUUUCAUGUUUUUAUUUAGUAUUGGAAUUCCAAUACACUUUUUUAAACCAUUCAAA